CAAGCCAAACAAAAGUCGUCGCUCUUCAACAGCAACUUAAUUAUGUUCAUCUCGGACACGCGCAGCCGUGACUACAAUAUCAACCCUGCAUGUGUACAGAGUAAUGGUGCAGAACACGUGCUCAUAAGGGGAUAACUGAACACGAGAAGGUGUGCAGAGACGGAGAGGACUGUUGCAAGGAUGAAAUCUGCAUUGCUGAUCACUGUGUUGGCCUCCAUUUGCCUGCUGUCUAAUGCGGCUGACAUUCCUGUAUAUCCAAACUUUAAUGUCCAAAAGCUUGCUGGGACAUGGUAUCGCAUUGCGGAUGUAGUAAAAGGCAAGGAGCGGACGAACACUAAACCCAUUGAUGAUGUAGUGGAGCCCUCCGAAGAAGGAGAUAUGGUUCUCAGGAUGCGUUAUAUUCAAGAUGGAAAAUGUAAGGUGACUCCUGUCCAUUUGUCACACACUGACAAGCCUGGUAUAUUCACAAUUCCUGCUUCAAAUGAAAUUGUACACAUGGUGGAUGUGCGUUAUGAAAGUUACCACAUUGUACAUGUUGAACAGAAUGGUACCUAUAGCCUAUAUCUCUUAAGCAGGAAACGAAAAGUGGCAAAUAAUGUGAGAAGAAAAUUCAAGACACUUGCUAAAACUCUGGGAUUUGAUGUGAACCAUAUCAUCAAUGUAAGGCUAGCAGAUUCAUGCCCGAAGUGAUACUCAGUAUUAGACCUGUUUAUCCUUCUGCAGGGAAAUCCAAAUGUCCCCAGAUCAUCCGUCAGCGUCAAUAGCGUCCUGGUGCUCUAGAUGACGAGCACUGCAAUCUGCACCUCUCCUGUGAUGAAAUUUCCUGCAUUGGAAGUCUAAUAAAUAAAA